UACUUCCCAUAGAACCUCACCUUUGUUGCCAAAAUAUAUUAAAAUAUACAAUUUUAUCUUAUCACGUGAUUUGUUUCUGAUAUAAAGUUAAGGGACAUUUCUUGGUUAAUCUUACAGAUACUUAUAAUAGAAACUUUCGUCUCUGUCCACCAUGAGAUUCUUGGUACUUACCGUUUUGUUAGUUGCUUGCGCCAAUGCUGGUUUUUUGACUGAUAUUAAAUCAGCUCUGAAUAACUUUGGCGAUAAAGUGAAGACUACCUUUGAGAAGAUUGGUACUGGUGUUAAGGAAACCAACCAAGCCUUUGUUCCUUAUGCUGAAAACGUCGGUAAAGAACUCUUGAAAGAUGCUGCCCAGUCUGGUAUUAGCGUAGUGUCUAACACUGUCACUGAUUUGUUGUCAGGUGCUAUCAAGAGUCUUUUUUCCCAUAUUGGACGAGAUACCAGCAUUAAGGACAAAUUAGUUAAUUUCGAACACGAAAUGAAGAAUAUGCUCCUGAAGGGCGUUGAGGAGUAUACACCUGUCAUUACUAGUGCUUUCCAGGAAAUGGAAAAAUUGGCCCACAAAGUGAAAAUGAUCGACUUCGAUCUCCCACAACUGGAGCACGAUAUUGAAAGCAUCAUUUUAGGACAUCAACAUCAAGGAAACACAUUCUUGUUGGAUCUGAUCUCCAGCAUUGAAACUCUCAUCAAUAAUAAUUUUGGAGCACAAACCAAGAGAUCUACCUUUGGUGAUACCUUGAAAUCUCUAACUGACUUGAUUACUGGUUUCUUUAAACCAGCUAUCCAGAACGUCCAUAACUUGCUGGGUUCUGCUGGCCAAGCUUUGAAGAAUGUUGCUGGUAAUGUUGUCUCAACUGUCCAACAAUCCGUGAGUCAGCUCGGUGAAACAUUGGCUCCCCAUAUUGCUAACCUAAAAAACCAGGCUACUGAACUUCUUCAACAUGGAAACACCGCUCUUUCUGCCAUUAAAGAUGCUACCACUGAUAUUCUCGGUCAAACUGUAGCUAAUGUUGGAAGCACCAUCUCUGGCUUAACAGACAAAUUGGAAGGCCAAUAAAUAUUUUUUUAAAAAAUAAAACAUCAAUUAUUUU